GAAGGAAAAUUAUAGCAUCAGGGUGCUGCUGGUUCUUCUUGCACUAUUGUUCUAUAAGGCAUUCAUAUUCAAUCAAUAUCGACGUGAACACAAACUAGAUUGGUGCUUUAUAUAGCAUUAAAAAAGUGUAAAAUAUUUCUAAAAAUGUCUCGUAAUCGUGCAUCCACGUCGGUUUCCGCGUGCGUUCCUUCUCCGCAAAUAAACAUAUCGCUCCUAGAAGCGGCAGAAGACAUAUCCUUCGAGGCAUACAAACAGCCCAAAAACUCCAACAAUCGCAAGCGCAGCUUUUCGCCCAUUGUGAACUUCAGAUCGCCGGACAUAUCGCCGAUCGCUAUGAUCGAGGUGGGCACCACCUUCCGCAUCCCGGCCAGCAUUAACACUCCGGAGGUGAAACAAUCGCGGGCUGCCAAGUGGCAAAAGGACGAUACGGUUCGGCGUCCGGGGAAGGGAACGUACAAUAACAAGACCAUCCCCGGUCCGGAGAAGCGCAAAGUGCCGUACAUGAUCGGAACGCCCCUGGCCAAGCGUGAACUAGAGCACCGCAUCUCGGUUGGCAACAUUCUGCGCGAUCUGAACCUGGCCAAGUACAUUGGCAUUUUCAACGAUGAGGAAAUCAACUUCGAGGUGUUUCUCACCCUGUCGGAGAAGGACCUGCACGACAUCGGUAUCGAUUGCCAGCGGGACAUCGAGCUGAUUCUGGGCAAGGUGGCAGAGUACAAUGCCGGACUGUGAACGUGUGAUUGCUGAGUAUGUGUAUGUAUGUGUGGUAGAAAUUUUAAAGAUUGACCUUAAGUUUUGUUUUGUGCUAACCUGGUGUUAGCUUUUUAAUUAUUGUAUGUUAACUGAUAACAACUAAAAAUCCAAAAUUACAUCAUGUGAGUGAAUCUACUUGAAAAACAAUAAACGUGCCCU